AUGGAAGCCGCGUCCCGCCUCGCCCUGCUGGCGAUCGUCGCACGCGCGGGCAGUCCCCUACCGAAGGACGAGAAGGCGACGUGGAGCCCGCUGUCCAAGGGCCAUCUUCCCCUGAUUACGGUCGAGGAAUACGACGUCGAGGCCGCCGACGGCAGCGGUCACGGAGAGAGCAAGUGGCUGCUGCGCCAGCAUCACAGGGGAGCGAGCCGAGGGAGCGGCGAUGCACAAGCCGCAGCGGCAGCAGCAGCAGCAGGUCGCGGGAAGGAGAUGAGGGCAGGGGGCCUGGAGAGCGUCGCGUGGUGGAUCCUGCUCGCAUCCCAGUGUCUCCUUGUCGGCGCUGUCGAGGGGUGGAUCAUCUACAUGGUGUACAACGGCGGCGAUUAUGCCGUGUGGAACUGGCUCUCCGAGUUCGCGUCCCCGGCCCUGAUGAUUCUCUUCAGCGUGUCCUUCUCGGCCGCCCUGCUCCGCGGGGUCGGGUGUUGCGGGCGCGUGGGGGACUUGGGGUUCCAGGCCGCCGGGCUGGUACUGGCGACCUUUUGCGCCGUGGUGGUGUGCGCUGGCGUGGGUGAGGGGAAGAGGAGGCGCGGUGAGGGGGAGGAGGAGGGCAAGGGGGUCAGGGUCGUCGUCGGGUUGGCCGUCAAGAUGUGGUGA